UUGCAGGAUCCACGAUUUGAGAAUGAAAGCAUUGCCGGUCCUGCUAUACCCUACUCACGAGAUUACAAGAGAAAGGUGGAAUACUUACAUUCGAAAUUGCCACGAGCUGGUUCAAAUGGUAAAUGUGAUAUGAUAGUGCACAGAGAAACACUAUUCGAGGAUUCUUAUCGACAUAUCAUGGAAAAGACUCCUGCCGAGCUACGACAUAAAUUAUGGAUUGAGUUCUUUGGAGAAACUGGACUUGAUUAUGGUGGAGUGACUCGUGAAUGGUUUUUCCUGCUAUCGCAUGAAAUCUUCAAUCCGUACUACGGUCUUUUUGAAUACUCAGCGACAGAUAAUUACACUUUACAAAUUAAUCCGCAUUCUGCUGCCUGCAACCCAGAGCAUCUUUCAUACUUUUAUUUCAUUGGCAAAGUAAUGGGCAUGGCUAUCUAUCACGGGAAAUUAUUAGACGCUUUCUUCAUUCGUCCUUUUUAUAAAAUGAUGCUUGGAAAGAAAAUUACAUUGUUUGAUAUGGAAUCAGUGGAUAAUGCCUAUUAUAACUCUUUAAUAUACAUAAAGGAUAACGAUCCAGAAGAUCUCGACCUGACAUUUGCCGUUGACGAUUGCGUGUUUGGAGAGGCUGGUGCAAUUUAUGAUCUAACUCACACCACUGAAUUGAUUGAAAAUGGACGUGAAGUCCGAGUUACUGAGUCAAAUAAGGAGGAGUACAUAGAAGCAGUAGUAAACUGGCGUUUUGUCAAGCGUGUCGAGAAACAGAUGGAGCAGAUUUUGAGAGGGUUACAUGAGGUGGUCCCAUCAAAUUUACUUAGAAUAUUUGAUGCAAAUGAAAUGGAACUGCUCAUGUGUGGACUGCAAAAGAUUGAUGUGAAGGAUUGGAAAGCGCAUACAGUAUAUAAGGGUGGAUAUGGACCAAGUAGUCAGGUGAUCCACAAUUUUUGGAAGUGCAUUUUAUCGUUUGAUAACGAAAUGCGAGCACGAGUGCUGCAGUUUGUUUCGGGAACGUCUCGGGUACCAAUGAAUGGAUUCCGAGAGUUGUACGGUAAAUUGUUUGAAAUUGUUUUAUCACUUCAAUUAAACUAUGCUUCUCAACAUCAAAACACCUUAUAAUA